AUGCAUAGUAUUGAGUCACUUUCCACCAAAAUUGGAGGGACGGAUGUUGAUACUGCCCCCGCAAUCAGCCUCACCGACACUCCUGAGGCUAUCAUCAAACUCAUCGACUUGCUGGCUCGUAGUGAUAUCCCUACUGUCCCGCCCUCUGUCUACAUUGAUCUGGAGGGUAUUAAAAUUGGCCGCAAUGGUUCGAUAUCGAUCCUUCAAGUCUAUUUCCUCCCAACCAAGGAGUCAUUUCUCGUGGAUGUUCACACUCUUCGUGAGCGAACAUUUUCCACCCCAAACAAAUCUGGCGUCACCUUAAAGUCUAUCUUGGAAUCCCAGCUCAUCCCCAAGGUUAUCUUCGAUGUCCGUAAUGACUCUGAUGCCUUGUACAGCCACUUUGGCAUCAAGCUUGGAGGCGUUAUCGACCUUCAACUCAUGGAGCUCGCCACUCGUUUUUAUAGCCGAGAUUUUCUCUGCGGGCUUGGAAAAUGCAUGGAAAAUGAUCUCGUGCAAACUCCGGAAGAACUCAAAGUUCGAGGCGCCAUAAAACAACGUGGAAUAGAAAUCUUCGCACCGGAAAAGGGGGGUAGUUACGAGGUCUUUAAUGAUAGGCCCCUUGACCCAGCUAUCGUGGAUUAUUGUAUUCAAGAUGUUCAGCUUUUGCCCGAGCUCUGGGAAGUUUAUAAUGCAAAACUCAGUAAGCUGCACAAAAGAUGGGCUGCCAAAAUUGAGCAAGAAACAAAGGCUAGAAUUUUGUCGUCUCAGAGUGCAGACUACAUUGGGGAAGGUCGGCAUAAGGCAAGAGCGCCACGCUCGUGGUAG